GGUCCACGGGGAGCACGUUGCGUUAUAACUGUCUCACUACUGGUGGGACGCUCCAGUGGGAGGUGUGCGCACCGCGACAAAGUAGACCCACGGCGGAGUAGUUGUAGUUGAACACUUUGUCCUAUGAGCCAACUGAAUGAAACUACAAGCACAACCGAUUUUCUACACCUUUUCCAACUGCAUUUCCUCGGACUGAGACCAACCGUUUGCGCGCACAACCUUUUACGCAUCUCCCCUUGACGCAUGACCGGGAGCGUUUUCCUUCUAAUUUCCUUUUUGCGCUCGUUCCAAAUCCUAGAACCAUGGACGAGGACAACAACGUCUUACCCGAUUUGAAGGAUUUAGAAACAAAGUUGGGUCGCAAAGUUCCGGAUAGUCUCAUUCGCUCACUUGUUGGAGGAAAACAUCACGACAAACAUGACAAGUCUGAGAAGAAGCCCCAUUUGGUCAACUGCUCCUUUUGUGGCAACUCCACAGACUUGAAAAGACUGGAGAGCAAAAUGCUAUUUUUAAAACAAGAAAUGGCACAUCUGCGAGCCAUUGAUGUGAAGCUGAUGCAGCAGCUCAUGUCAAUCAAUGAAGGCAUUGAGUCCAUCCGCUGGAUGAUAGAGGACAAAGGAGGCGUUGCGAGCCAAGAGGGCAGUCUGUCAGGCAGCCUGUACAGCCUGUCCGACAGCCAGGACGGUAACUCACUGAGAGGCAGCUUCAACAGCUUGAAUGACGGUAACAGCGACGGGCUGGACGGUCUGUCUGUGGGCAGUUACCUGGACACGCUAGCGGAGGACAUCCCCGAUGACCCGUCGCCCACGGACCUCGACUGUUUUGUGGAUAAAACUGUAAUCGACAGCGACAGAUUUAGCAAAUCCCCGCUGAAACUCAGGGUGGAAUCAGACGAGUACUACUGCUUUGGAUAAUGUCAAUGAGCCCAAAAAAACGGUGGUUACAGAGACUACUGAGAUUAGUGAAGAAAGAUUUCAAAUGUCACGUUUUCACCACAUGCUUUACAUUUUCCACUUUUUUUUUUUUUUUUUUCCAGUUACAGUCCAGUGGCUGAUGAGACCCAUGAAACGGCAUGGGUUUGCAUUUGACCUUGAAACUGCAAUGUUGUGGAUUUUAUGGCUUUAAUACACGUCACUGAACCAACACUUAAUGUUCCACUCAACCAAAG